CCCGUACGACUUCAACUGAAUUACAAAUGUUUCGAUUGUUGAGGAGUGGGUGCAGUGGAAACCACACAUUUUUACCUAUCAGACAGUUAAACAUCACCCAUAAUAGAAUGGACAGUAAGAAGAACAGCGAAAAUAGGUCUAUUCACUCGGACAAUGUCGAGGAAGUUCAUAACGUGCCAAUGGAAGUUAUCAUACGACCAAUCCCUCCUGUACUAGAUGAGCGCAAAGUUCAGAGCCUUAUGGAUACAAUACAGGUAAAAAUGUGUCCUUGUUCUGCCAAGAUCAAACCAUAUGACAGUUCAGAUAAGUGGUGGUGGUAUAAAAACAGACGGCAGUGAAUAUUCUCUUGUUGAUUGGGAAACAUCUGACAGACUAGGCUACUGUAUUAGACUGAUAAACCUCUAGGGGGAAUUACACAUUUUUUCAUGAAUCUUGUUCUGGAGGCAGCUCUGCAGAUUGCCUGACAAUCAGACUGAUACCUCUCAUUCACAGUCUGAGAUUAAUGCCAUUCAUUUGUUUGGGGAAUUAUCUCAAAACAAGCCAGAAUGUUGGUUAAAAUGAUAUUUUAACUUACUUUACCGGUUGUCCGUGUGGUUGGUCCUUUUGCAGGUAUGAAUGUGAGACAAUAUAUCCACAGGAAAGUAUACCAGCGCUUUGAAAAGUUGAUGUAAUUAUACUUUCCUGUGGCUAUAUUGUCUCACAUUCCUACCUGCAAAAGGACCAACCACACGGACAACCAGUAAAGUAAGUUAAAAUAUCAUUUUAUUCAGCAUUCUGGCCUGUAGAAGUUGUGAGAGGAAACCUUCCUGAUCCAAACGCUAAUUUCUGCACGACGUAGAAUUCAAUGCAAUUCAACGUUGGGUCUUCAGGCUACUCUGCAGAGUGGUCACUCUGCCACAGUCAUCAAAUUUGAUUUAAAACCUUAACCACACUGCUAACCCUAAUGCAUAACCCUAACCUUACAUUUUUGUUUUCAUGAAUUUUUACAAUAUAGACCAUUUUGACAAGACUCAUGACAAACGUCAAACAGGUGUAUUUCCCUGUUCUGUGUGAUAAAGAACCUCUGAAAUGGAAUAGAAAAACUCACCUAUUAUUUUUCCUCAUAGGAAUCUACAGACAUCAGCACUGUUCCUCCUAUUGAUAUACUCUGGAUCAAGGGCAGGGAAGGAGGGAAUUACUACUACUCCUUUGGAGGCUGUCACCGGUUUGAGGCAUACAAACGGUUGAAAAUGAACACCAUUCCAGCAAAGAUCUUCAAAUCAAAUGUUGCAGACCUACGCACUUACUUGGGUGCCUCAACCCCAGACCUACAG